GUACCUUUUUGUCCCGGAAAUAGAAGUGCGCGGUCAUUUGAUUGCUCUACGGUUUCCCUAUUGGUCUCCUUGUCGGUACGUCCGUUAUUCACUUCAGACACCUUUUUUUGUUUAAGCAGCGUUACGUAAGCGUUUGUUCAUUUAAUAUUUCAUGUUCUAGAGAUGCGUAGUCGUUUAACAAGACGUCGUUGUUCGUUUGCGUUACCUUCUGCACGCACAUUGAGAAUGCGAUUGCUGCUUUUGCGUAGACUCGCAGAGCGUGAGGCAUUCAGUGAGCGCAACCAUAGCCCCACUUGUAACGUGGAUGCAAUUAUGGGAGACUUCUGCGUCUCGCCACCGCGUAACCUUUCAGAUGCGGACCACAACCGCUGUAUACGCGAAUCCCCCGACGUACUUUCCGUUCAGUCACCAAGGACGGAAACCGAGAGUGAUGACGUGCAAAGCAUGAGCUGCGAAAUAGGGGAGCAUGAUUGCACUGCUAUAGAUUUGACUACGUCACCAACGCCGUGUGAUGAGGCACGUAGUUUCCUCGCAUCAUGGGUGCUUAAUACCAACACCUCGGCUUGGGCUGUUAACAAGCUUCUGGAAGGGUUGCGUAAGUUUAUACCGUCUCUACCGAAGGAUUACCGGACGUUGAUGAAAACUCCAAGAACCACUAACGAGAUGGAGGUACAUCCUGGUACGUAUGGUCACAUGGGGAUAAUUGACGGUCUGAAGAUGGCUUACCGUUGCGAAAGUGUGCCCACCUACCAGAGCAUUCACCUGCAGUUGCAUGUGGAUGGGUUCUCACCAUUUAAUUCAUCCGGUGUGCAAGUUUGGCCCAUUUUGUGUAGGUCUGUGGCGCCCUUGAUAUCGCAUCCAUUUUUGGUUGGUGUGUACUCGGGUCCACGAAAACCGUGGAAUGUACACCACUUCUUGGCUCCACUUGUAACGGAAUUGAGAACGUUACUUCGAACAGGCGUUAUGUUGCCCGGGCGGUCUACACCAAACGCUGUGCGUAUCUCUAAUAUCAUUUGUGAUGCACCAGCAAGAUCAUAUGUGAAGCGUAGUAAAGCACAUUCCGGGUACGGCAGCUGCGACAAAUGUGUGCAGCGAGGUGUUUAUGUCUCUGGGAAAGUAACCUUUCCUUGCACCGAUUGCCGCCUACGUACCAAUGAGUCCUUCCGUGCGCACUGCCGUAGCAAAUGGUCACCAUUUGAAUACUUGCCCAUAGACAUGGUGGAGCAGUUUCCUAUAGACUAUAUGCAUGCUGUUUGCUUGGGUGUUAUGCGGCGCCUGAUAUCCUUGUGGACAACUGCCGCCGCUAGCAAGGAUUUUCGCUUGGAUAUGGACACUGUGUCACGUCUUAACGAUGUCCUUGACAUGAAUCGGUGUCAUUGGCCGCGUGAUUUUCCACGCCGUUGUAGAAGCGUAGAUAAGUUCAGAUGGUGGAAAGCGUCUGAAUUUCGGCAAUUCUUGUUGUAUGCCGGACCCGCGGUUCUGGCGGAUAUUUUGCCCCUGGACUAUUACGUCAAUUUCUUGGAUUUGCAUUUAGGUAUUUAUCUGCUUUGUCAUCCUUUGCUAUUCAGAAAAUGUUGCUCUUUUGCACAUAAUGUACUUAUGGUGUUUAUUUCGCGUUUCUUCAAACUGUAUGGGGCUGAAGAAAUGACAUUCAACAUGCAUUCCCUGUGUCAUUUGGCACAAGAUGCGUAUGCACAUGGGACACUGGAUGAUUUCUCCGCGUUCCCUUUCGAAUCUUACAUUAGGUGUCUGAAAAGGCGAAUACGAAGCCCAGUGAACAUCGUUCCUCAGCUUUUGCGACGGUGUAUGGAGUUCCAGGGAAACUUAUGCAAUGGCAAAUGGGUUUUAGGUUAAAUGGGACCGUGUUUUUCCCAAGCAAACCGGACAACGUAAUCAUCGUAGGAAAGAAACCGUACCAGAUAGUAUCGUUGCAACCGGACGUUGCUGCAACCGCAUAUGUUAACUGCGCAUCAUUCCUACAUCUCAGAGAUUUAUACGUCCAUAGUAUGCCAUCUUCCAGGCUGCAUAUUUAUGUUGCUAAUGGUGUGUCUGAUGACUUGCGGCGGUUUCCUAUUCAUGACAUCCUAUGCAAAUGCGUAUGUUUCACCGUUGGUUUAGACGAAGUCAUCAUCCCAUUGCUGCAUACAUUUAGAACGCAAAAACCCAGGGUGCCGUAGGUAUGCGUGCUGCAGGAUACC